AUGGUGGUGCAGCGCUCAGAAGUCGUGGUAGCGCAUCUAUGCAUCCAUGUCGGACGCGCCUCGGCCCGCCAGAUGGGAACGUACUUGGAAGCCUCUGGCCUCUGGAGGAAGGUGGAAGGGUCCAGCGGCCGGAGAUAUGCUAACAACUACCACUACUACUAUUUUUGCUACUACUACUACUACUACUACUACUACUACUACUACUACUACUACUACUACUACUACUACUACUACUACUACUACUACUACUACUACUACUACUACUACUACUACUACUACUACUACUACUACUACUACUACAUACAUACAAAGGUGCUGUCCACCAAUCCGUCUCUAUCCACCAUCCACCGUCCACCGUCCACCGUCCAUACCAGACCACGCCCGCCAACCUCGACGACCAACACCGUCGCACCGCCAACUCGACGUCAGCCCGCCACGUGCAGCCCGUCCGCCAGUCAGCCCCGGGCCUCGACCCUUCACCUUAGCACUCACCGCAUCACCGCAUCACCGCACAGCGCAGCCACUUGGCGCGCGACCAUGGCCACGGCCCAAGCAGCAUCGCCGCCUCAUGCACUGAUGCGCCCCUCUGAAGACCGCCAUGCGCGCAAGCGGCCCUUUGCGGGCUGGAUGAAGCGCCUCGCGAACCUCAAGCCCUCGUCCUCGGACUCGCCCGGCGGCUCCGGCAAUGGCAAGAAGGCGACUGCCAAAAAGGCCGCCGCAAAGAACAACCCCUACCCCGAGUCGGGCGUCGUCACCGCCAGCGCGCCUGCCCACCUCUCCUUCUCCACCCCCGAGACGCCGCGUGCGCGCUCCAAGGAGAGCUUCACCUCGGUCGAGGAAGGCGCCUCGGAGCAGCAGCGUGCCCUCGCCAACAGCAACAGGUCCACGGCGCCCACGGCCGACACGGGCAACAGCCACUUGAUGAGCGGCGGCAGCACCUUCUCGUCCCCCAACGGCUCCGAGCACUCGCUCACCACCACCCUGACCACCAUACAGUCAACCGCCCCCUCCCACGUCCUGGGUGCCGGACAUGCCCAGCCGACCACCGCCAACGGCACCCCCGUGCACUUCUCCCACCAGUUCCCCUCCAACUCACCGCUGCCCUCGGCCAUCCCGCCGCACCUGGCCCCCCUGCAGCAGCCCAACUCGUACCAGGGCGCGACCGCGAACAACAUCCUCACCGACAAUGCCUCCAUCCUGACCCUCGCCUCGUCGUCCAAGCGCCGCCGUCGCAACUCGCUCGAUACCAACGCCUCGGUGCGCGCCCUUGCCCCGUCAUCGCAUUAUGGCGGCAGCCGCGAGUCACUGCCCCUGAGCGUGCUCUCUGGCAACGCCGACGCCAUAUAUUCUCCCUCGAACAGGCCGGGCAACGUCGGCGCCUUUGCGAAUGCAGAGCGCGCGAGCGUCUACUCGGCCUCCGGCGUGACGGCUCCCGUCCUCACCAGCGAACGCAACAGCUACUACGCAAACAAGCAGAAUGCCGAUGGUCUCAGCAUUCGGAGCGGGCUUCUGGGCCAUGGCCGCACAGAUAGUAUCAGCAGCAUCCGCGCCACGCCCACCAGCCCGCUCGCAAGCCCGAGGGAGCCGCUCGGUCCUGGCAAAGUGAGCCGGCGCAGUUCGGAUUGGAAGGACGCCAAGGACGCGAGGGAAGCAAGUGACGAGGACGAUGAGUCGUCAAGUCCCACCACAGCAGACCUUGACGACAAGGCCAAGGGCAGGAACGCCUCUUGA